GGAGGAGGAGGCUGGGCCAGGCCGCCGCCGCUGGUGCCGAGGAGCCAGGCCGGGCGCCGCGGCCAUGCCAUGCCCGCGCUGAAGAGCCAUGCCCGCCGCCGCCGCCGCCCCGUGGCCGGGCUGGUGGUGCGUCCUGUGCUGCUGCUGCUGCUGCCUGCUGGGCGGGGGGCUGGCGGGCCGCUCUUGCCAGCCGUGCGGGCCCGAGUGCGCCUGCCGGAGCCUGCCCGCGCCCCCCGCCGCCUGCGCCGUCGACUGCGCCAACCGGGGCUUGGCUCACCCGCCGCCCGGCGCGCCCUGGCCCGCGCCCACCGCCUCGCUAAACCUUUCCAGUAACAAGAUCAGCGCUUUAAAUGCGGAGACAUUUGCACAUCUGACUUCCCUGACAAAACUAGAUUUAAGCAACAACAAGAUUUCUACGUUAGAAGAUGGAGUAUUUGAUAAUUUAUUUAAUUUAAGCGAAAUAAACCUAAGUCUGAAUCCGUUCCUCUGUGACUGCAAUCUCGCCUGGCUGCCCCGCUGGGCAGACAGAAGAAAACUGAAAAUUGUGCGCCCCUCGGACACAAAAUGUGCCCAGCCGCUCCAAGUGGCCAACCUUCCUGUUUUCAAUGUAUCAUUCUCCGAUACUACUUGUGGAGCUGACUACAUGGCGUGCCUGACGGACAACACCACAGGGCUGGCUGAUUCUAUUGUCCGGUUUGUGUACCACCUCCCUCAGAACUGGACGGAGGAGAUCUGCAGCCUCUUUACUGCUAUUAUGCUGGAAGGGCGGAGGACUCUACGGGCUUCUGGUGAAAGCCAUCGUAUCGGAUACUUUGCUUUGUGCGCGCUCCUCGGCCUCGAAGCCAAACUCUUCCACGGGACUGGUUUCUUGCCUGCUUUUGCACAGGAGCCGGCUCCCCAGGGUGGUCUGCGGGGGGCCUGCCUGGCCCCGUAUCUCCACUUGGUUUUCCUGGGAAGCACGGGCUUGCUCCAUGCAAUUCCUUAGCAGGG